AGCCCUUUAAGUGUUCCCAGUGUGAUAUGAGUUUUUCACAAAAAAAUGCUCUAAUCAUUCAUUUAAGAACACACACUGGAGAAAAGCCUCAUCGAUGUUCCUAUUGUGAUACAGGAUUUUCUCAAAAGAGUAAUCUAACUAGGCAUCUUAGAACACAUACAGGAGAGAAACCCUUCAUGUGUUCCCGUUGUGGUAAGGGUUUUUCUUGCCAAAGUAAUUUAGCAAAUCAUCUAUGGACACAUACAGGAGAGAAACCCUUUAAGUGUUCCCAGUGUGAUAAGGGAUUUCCUCAUAAAAGAAAUCUUGUCGUUCAUUUAAGAACACACAGUAGAGAAAAGCCAUAUCGAUGUUCUCAUUGUGACACUGGAUUUUCUCGAAAGAAUGAGCUUAUUAGCCACCUUAGAACACAUACAGGAGAGAAACCCUUCAUUUGUUCCCCGUGUGAUAAGGGUUUUUCUCAUAGAGGUGCUCUUAUUAUUCAUUUAAGAACACACAGUGGAGAAACGCUUCAUCAAUGUUCCCAUUGUGAUUCUGUUUUUACUUGCCAAAGUAUUCUAACUAGGCACCUCAGAACACAUAUAGUAGAGAAACCCUUUAAGUGUUCCCAGUGUGAUAUGAGUUUUUCACAAAAAAAUGCUCUAAUCAUUCAUUUAAGAACACACACUGGAGAAAAGCCUCAUCGAUGUUCCUAUUGUGAUACAGGAUUUUCUCAAAAGAGUAAUCUAACUAGGCACCUUAGAACACAUACAGGAGAGAAACCCUUUAUGUGUUCCCCUUGUGGUAAGGGUUUUUCUUGUCGACAUAAUUUAGCAAAUCAUCUAUGGAGACAUACAGGAGAGAAAGCCUUUAAGUGUUCCCAUUGUGAUAAAGGAUUUCCUCAUAAAAGAAAUCUUGUCGUUCAUUUAAGAACACACAGUACAGAAAAGCCACAUCGAUGUUCCUAUUGUGACAUUGGAUUUUCUCGAAAGAAUGAGCUUACUAGGCACCUUAGAACACAUACAGGAGAGAAACCCUUUAUGUGUUCCCAGUGUAAUAAGGAUUUUUGUCAUAGAGGUGCUCUUAAUAUUCAUUUAAGAACACACAGUGGAGAUAAGCCUCAUCGAUGUUCCCGUUGUGGUAAGGGUUUUUCUUGCCAAGGUAAUUUAGCAAAUCAUCUAUGGACACAUUCAGGAGAGAAACCUUUUAAGUGUUCCCAGUGUGAUAAGGGAUUUCCUCAUAAAAGAAAUUUUGUCGUUCAUUUAAGGACACACAGUGGCGAAAAGCCCUAUCUAUGUUCCCGUUGUGGUAAGGGUUUUUCUUGCCAAGGUAAUUUAGCAAAUCAUCUAUGGACACAUUCAGGAGAGAAACCUUUUAAGUGUUCCCAGUGUGAUAAGGGAUUUCCUCAUAAAAGAAAUUUUGUCGUUCAUUUAAGAACACACAGUAGAGAAAAGUCAUAUCGAUGUUCCUUUUGUGACACAGGAUUUUCUCGAAAAAAUGAGCUUACUAGGCACCGUAGAACACAUACAGGAGAGAAACCCUUUAAGUGUUCCCAGUGUGAUAAGGGAUUUCCUCAUGAAAGAAAUCUUGUCGUUCAUUUAAGAACACAAGGUAGAGAAAAGCCACAUCAAUGUUCUUAUUGUGACAUGGGAUUUUCUCAAAAGAAUAAGUUUACUAGGCACCUCAGAACACAUACAGUAGAGAAACCCUUUAAGUGUUCCCAGUGUGAUAAGGGUUUUUCAUAUAAAGUUGCUCUUAUUAUUCAUUUAAGAACACACAGUGGAGAAAAACCUCAUCGAUGUUCCUAUUGUGAUACAGGAUUUUCUCAAAAGAGUAAUCUAACUAGGCACCUUAGAACACAUACAGGAGAGAAACCUUUUAAGUGUUCAUAUUGUGGUAAAGGAUUUUCUCAAAAGAAUGAGCUUACUAGCCACCUUAGUACACAUACAGAAGAGAAACCUUUUAAGUGUUCCCAGUGUGAUAAGGGAUUCUCUCAAAAGACUAAUCUUACUGUGCACCUUAUAGCACAUACAAAAGAGAAACCCUUUAAGUGUUCCCAGUGUGAUAAGGGAUUUUCUCACAGAUGUAGACUUAGGACCCAUUCAAGAACACACAGUGGUGAAAAGCCACAUAAUUGUUCCCAGUGUGGUAAGGGAUUUUCUCAUAAAGUUGCUCUUAUAAUUCAUUUAAGAACACACAGUGGAGAAAAACCUCAUCGAUGUUCCUAUUGUGAUACAGGAUUUUCUCAAAAGAGUAAUCUAACUAGGCACCUUAGAACACAUACAGGAGAGAAACCCUUUAAGUGUUCCCAGUGUGAUAAGGCAUUUCGUGAUAAAAGAACUCUUAUUAGUCAUUUAAAAACACACAGGAUUUUCGCAAAAGAAUAAGCUCACUAGACACUUUAGAACUCUGGUGUUCCCAGUGUGAUAAGGGAUUUCCUCAUUAAAGAAAUUGAACUAAUCAUUUAAAUUGACUUGUUAAUAUUGUUGAAGGUUGAUGAAGAAAAAAAAUAUGUGAUUUUUGUAUGAAAUGUUACGUAUAAUAUUCCUUUUGCUGUACAUGCCUUCUAACAUGUAAAAAAUCCUCUUCUUUGAAGCCGUCACUGUGCAACACUCUCUUACAGUAAAUAAGACCUAAAGCAGGCUUUUGAAAAUCUUUCCAUUCUUAAAUGUUUAGAAUAGUAUAGAGAGCAAAUUCAUUGCUUUUGACGAUUUUCAUUCAACUAAAAUUUUAUUAAAAUACAAUAAUGUAUUUGGGAGAAUUCUGGAAUCAAUCAGAUAAGUUUCUUCCAAUUGUUAUCAUUAUUAAAAGUGGUCUGUUUUCACUCAAAACUUUCACAUGUACAAUUAAUGAUCAUCUGAAAGUUUGAGUGAAAGUCAAUACCUUAAUGGCACCAUUUUCUCUCAUCUAAACAAUGUAAGAAAGUCCCUUUAAAAACACAUAGUGGAGAUAAGCCGCAUUGGUGUUCCUAUUGUGAUACAGGAUUUUCUCAAAAAAAUCAAUCUUACUAGCCACAAAAGAGACUAUUAUAUGUGUUAUAAAAAUGUAUACAAAUGUGAAUUUUAUUAUUAUAAAGCGCUUUUUUUAAAUCUAUAGUGAAAAUCUUAUUUCAUAGCCUUGUUAGAACACAUACUAGUUGGAGAAAGCAGGGAAUAAGGCCAUAUCAAGUUCUCAAUGCAAUAAUCAAAUUCCUCAAAAAUUUCCUGUUUACCACAAUAAAUCAACGUAUCUACCUAUUAUUGCUUAGUCCUCCAGACAAGCAAGUCAUCGAGAGAAAAAGUCACAAUUGUGCAUACCCCACCCCAAGACCUACGUUAUACCCCUAGGAUAUUUUAUUGACACUAAGAUAGUCCGUUGACUCUUUAUUCAUAGUGGCCUUUGUUGCUACUCAUUUAUUAUCUAUUUGACGCUGUAAGGAAAGCUUGUCGAUUCUUUUGAAGCAUUGGAGCGAGACGUCCCUGGUCACAUCGGCCAUCAGUUAGAGCGAAAGCUCUAGCAGGGCCAUGAAGCUCGCUUGGCCCCCCAUAUCUAUGGGUAAGAAGCAGAAGAGCUUCUCGUCACACCGCACGUAAAGCUAAAGCUCUAGCAAGGCUGUGAAGUUUGUUUUGUCCCCUGUAUCAAAGCAAGGGAGGCAGAGGAGCUCGAGCAUCCAAGCUUCAGCUAGGUCGGGAGCUAAGGCGCGAAGGUGACCCCGGUUUCACGCCCACUUUGCUCAGGCUGAGCAUAGGGACUUUUCGCAAACAACUACUGUUCUGCCGGGUUCAGCCCGUUUCGGCUGUGUCCAUCCGCCGUGAGUAGUUUUCAGUCUAUAAAGGGCUGGCGCCGAGAAUACAAAGACUGCUAAAAAGCCGUGCUGCCUGGACCGGAACUGCCAGCCCUGUAGAAGCUAGCGUGGGCCUCACAGACCGUGCGUUGUUGCUUUGCAACAAUCCGUGCCAUCAGGCGCGCAGGUGACCCUCGUUGGAGAGGAUGAAUGUGUGCGCGUGUGGUGCGUACGUGACUAGGGAUAUAGCAAUGGUUUUGGGGUGGGGUAUGCACAAUUGUGACUUUUUCUCUUGAUGGCUUGCUUGUCUGGAGGACUAAGCAAUAAUAGGUAGAUACAUAGAUUUAUAUAAUAAAUAAUAAAAUCAGUUCUGAUUUAACUACUUACUUGCCUUCUACAUUGAAGAAACACUUUAUACUGUAUUUGUUGGGUUUGGUUCUUUUGGAAAGGAACUUUCAUAGCAGAUUUCUGGAUUUUAGAAAAUGCCCCGAUUAGUGUGCCUAUUACAUGUGUAAGACUAUGUUCAUGCAUGCAUAUUUUCACCGUCAAUAAUGUAGAUUUUCAGCAUCAUGAACAGAGUCAUGAAUCCAUGUAGCAACAAAUUUUGUAUUCUGAAUUUAUCACAAAACUUCAGGAGGGGGGCAUGACAACGCAUGGCAUGCUUGACAUUGGUUUUCAUUUUGCAAGCUAUAAAUUAUGUACCCCCAUUUUUUUUUUUUAUACAAGUACUUACAAAUAAUCGAUUUUAAUUAUUCUAAUUUUGGGAAGAAGCCAUAGGUAUACAUCUUUUCUCGUGUUCAGGUACGUGUAUAAUGUUUAUUACCCAGGCAAUCAUGUAAAAGGAUAGAACAUGUAUUUAUUAUUGUGUGUACAAAUAAACGUGUGUGUUCGCUCUGGAAAAUAUAGUUCUUGAUUGAAUGAUGUAUAUAUUUAAAAAAAAAAAAAAUUAUCAGAUUUUAAACAAUUUUCUCAUACUUUUAUUUCUCUGCUCUCAUUCAACUCAUCUUGGGAGGACCAAUAUCCCUAAUUGAUCUCUGUUUCAGCUAGAGACUGUACACUCAUGUUAUGGUAUUGUAAGCAUACGGCACACUAUAGGGUUUCACUAUAUAGCAUCCUAUGUUGGAAUAAGUUGCAUUAGCAUUUGAUAUGAAUAUUAAAUUAUGUAAAAUGUUAUGAUCGAGGCUCUGAAUUGUGGUAUAUCACCUUUUUCAUUCUAUUAACCAUCUCUUCCUGUCAUCUUCUCAUACAUCUCAUUUCAUUUCAUCCACUAUAUCAUUUUGUGUAUAAAGGCAUAAGUUAUUAAGUUUUAUACAGAAUUGCCAUGCCUUCAAGCUGAGUUAUGUGCCAAUCCUUCUUCCUGAUUAUCAUGUUAAUAUUAUGAUGUAAGUA